AUGGCGUCCACUCCGGCAUUAUUCACGGCCUCGCGGACCCAGACGCUGACCUACCUGCUGGCCGUCUGCCCGUUCUCCAUCGCUUUCCUCGUAUUCGUCAACUCAUCCGUCUCCUUCGUGGUAACUGAUCUAAUUGGGAUCCAUGACGGCGAGGGAGAUGCAGUGGGCACGCUGGGGUUUUCAGACGAAUUGCUUGCGCUGGUUGCUUGUCCGCUUUGGGGCGUUCUCUCCGAUCGUAUUGGCGUUCGUCAUGUCUGCACGGCUGGUUAUUUUAUUAUAGCGCUCUCGCUGGUCCUUUUCGUGCAGGCUACGAAUGUUUAUCCGCAGCUUCUGCUGGGGAGAUUACUCUUUAGUGUCGGGGGCUCUGCGGUAUCAACGAUGGUGACCGCAGUCCUGCCUGCAGUUACUGGAAAAUCACUCAAAUCUGAAGCGUAUAGAGCUUCAAUGCCCUCUGAUUUAGCCACCGCGCCAAACCGGGUCAACCCCGAACAGGGUGACUCCAAUGUCACCCCGUCUUCUCCUUCUGCUCGGCUGUCUGGGUUUGUCGGCAUGUUUGCCGGCUGUGGUGCUCUUGUGUCUCUGGCGGCAUUUCUCCCUCUUCCAGCUCGGUUUGAGGAACUGGGUCUCUCACCGUCACAGUCUAUUCAGCUCAGUUAUUACUUGGUCGCCGUUGUGGCCCUUUUAAUCAGUCUCAGCUGCUUCGUUGGUCUUCGAGGCCUUCCGGGAGAGGACGGAAAAAGCUGGAGCGUUUUGUGGAAGCCAUCACAACAGUCAUCCUCGUCAGCAUCAGACAAUGAUCAAUUUGCGAACGAACCGACCCGGCUCCCAUACUGGAAGCAAUUGACGACGGCGCUCCUCUUGGGAUUCCGAAAUCGCAGUAUUGCCCUUGGUUACAUUGGAGGGUUUGUCGCCCGAGCAUCCUCUGUGGGUAUUUCCUUGUUCAUUCCUCUGGCCGUCAAUCACUACUUCCGAGCAUCAGGUCUAUGUGACGAACAGCUUGAACCGGGGCCCGGUUCAAGAUUGGGAGAUAUCAAAAGACUCUGUCCGCGUGCAUACAUCCUCGCUUCGAUUCUGACCGGCGCAUCUCAAUUGGUCGCGUUGAUCGCAGCACCUUUGUUUGGAUUCUUAACCGAAAGAUCCCGACGCUACAAUUUCCCGCUUCUCUUUGCUGCCCUGGUGGGUGUUGUGGGCUAUCUGGUCUUUGCGAUGCUCCCAAGCCCUCAGUACAAAGGCCCCGACGGCAAUGCAGGCGUGUUUGUGGUGAUGGCCCUAAUCGGGAUCAGCCAGAUAGGAGCUAUCGUUUGUAGUCUAGCCGUGCUCAGCAAUGGCAUUCUUCGUGUCAGCACUGACGACGAGACAUUGCGCCAGAUUUAUGCCCGACCAGAUGAUGACGGUCAUCCAGAGCCCGACGAGAACCAACCUCUGCUUUCGGCCUCUGUAGACCAGCAACUGCAGCAUCUGUCAAACCUGAAGGGAUCCAUCGCGGGGGUCUAUUCGCUGUAUGGAGGGGCAGGAAUCCUGCUGCUCACCAAAUUGGGCGGGCUGCUGUUUGAUGUGUUGUCGUCGGGCACCCCAUUCUAUAUUAUGGCGGGGUUCAACGGGAUCCUACUGCUGACGGGCAUUGUGUGCGGCGUGAUGAAUCAUUUUUGGUGA